CAAACGCAACUUCCUGCACGGCAUUCAAGUAAAGUUGGCCUGCUUGCACAGCGAGUCGACACGCGAAGAGUUUUUCUUGUCAGCUUGACCUUGAAGCCGCUUUGGCAUAUAGAAAUCAGCGGCUGUGUUACCCAAAUUAAAGUUCCCGAGAAUAACGGAACCCGGUUCAGUCCUUGACACGGGCGUGGGCGGCCCCGCCGAAGCCCUUGCGACACUUUGCCCGGCACUGUUGCCACCAAGCGCUGAGCCAUGGAGCCGGCGCCUGCAGUCGUGAAGCUAGCGGUCCGGCGGCCGGACUGGGAGCUACCCGAGCUGCAUGCGGGGCUGCAGCUGGCGCCGGCGGAUGUGCUGUGGGACAACAAGCGCAGCACCUGCGCCAAGUGCGGACGCUCCCGCGCCCACUAUUGUUAUGACUGCCUGGAGCCGCUGGUGCCCUUCCCGCACGUGGACCUGCCCUUCCGCGUGUCCAUAGUCACACACCACGAGGAGAAGGCCUCCAAGAACACGGGUGUACAGGUAGCCAUCCUGGCCGCGGGGCAGGUGGACCUACACAGCAUGUUAGACGUGCCGCGCGAUGUGGAUCCCUCCCGCUGCGCCGUGCUGUUCCCCUCCGAUGACGCCCUGGAGGUGUCGCAGCUGGAACCCGACUCCAUCGACCGACUGUUCAUCAUCGACUCCAGGUGGAAGAAGGCCGGCGAGCUGGUCCGCAGUGACGUGUUUCGGUCCAUGCGUGCCGUGAAGCUGCGGGAGACACGGUCGGCGUUCUGGCGCUUCCACACCAAGGGCGUCACGGACGAGGGCGUGUGCACCAUCGAGGCGCUCUACUUCUUCCUCAACUCACUCGCCAAGGAGGGCAAGCUGACGGCCCCGCGGUUUGCUGCGCCGCACGCCUUCGACAACCUGCUGUGGUACUUCUGCUACCAGCACCAAGUGGUGGCGGCGGCGGCGCAGCGGCGGCUGGAGGCGGCGCAGCAGCAGCAGCAGCAGGCGGAGGCGGGAGGGUCGGGUGGGGAGGGGCAAGGGGGAGGGGAAGGCGAGGCGGGACAGAAGAAGGGGGGCAAACGCGCCAAGCAGCAACAGCAGCAUAAGACGAAGGGACAGGGGGGUCAGGGCCAGCAGCAGUCGAAAGAGGGGGACGCGGGGAGCCGGCAGCAGCAGGAGGAGGAGGAGGAGGAGCGGCAGGAGCGGCAACACGUGCACACGGCGGCAGAGGGCGCACCGCAGGAGGAUCCGCAGGAGGCGGCACCACCCGCAGGAGAGGACCAGCCGGCGAAGCGUGCGCGGGUAUGAAGCGAAAGGAGGGACAGGCAAUGCGCCCGAGUCCGCGCGGUGGCACAUGGCGGCGAUAGGGCGGAGUCAAGGCGAGCUGCGAGCUUUGCAGCAGCUGUCGGACGAGAUUGCAUUGCGACUGGUGUGGAGACGCGGCGUGUGGUACUUGGGCAGUGGGUGCCUGGGCGUUCUUCAGAAAGUGUGGGGCGAGAGUAGUGCCUGGGCUGUGUGCAGCUGGCGGGCGGCGGGCGGGCAGCACCCGUGCACCUUGUGGUUGGACUUGGUGCGCGUGUGAGGAGGGCUGUGCAACAGCACAUGUGGCUGCAGCAGCGUGCGUCCGGAGGAGGAAUAGGAGGAACGGCAGCCCCACUUGGAAGCCGAGAGGCGUCGCUUUGGAUGGCCCUCACAGCACAAUUAGACCUACGUCAAGUGGUGGGGGCGUACGGGUGGACGUGCUGCGCAGCUGCGCUGCGGUAUGCGCCAAGCUGUUGCGUUUGAGCGGCAGGUGCCGCGCAGCGACAUGGCGAUGCGCUGGCCGUCGUUGAAAGGGUCUCCACCUCUCUGGGGCCCAUGUCAGCGGGCCGUCCAGUGGCUUUGGCUGCUGCAACCGACACACGGAGGGGCCGAGGGGGAGAGGCUCCUUGCACCGGCACCUGUAAGUACGUU